AUGUCCAGGGAUCCAGUUUUAAAAAAAUGGGCAUUGGCUAUCCCUAGAGCAGAUAAAGCUCUUACGCAUAACUAUGGUGUAUGUGAAAUACACUUUAUGGAAGAAUGUAUUGAAAGAUUUUUUGAGAGAAUACUUCCAGAUGGCACUAUUAGUAAAAUUGAGAGAGAAAGACCAGUUUUAAAAACUGGAUCAAUCCUCACUAUAUUCCCUAAUCUUCCAUCAUAUUUCACUAAAAAUAUUAAAAAAAGAAAGGCACUUAAUGAGAAAUUAGCUCCAAUAAAAAGAAAAAAUAAUGGCCAAGAAAAGUGCACUCAACCUAACAUUAUUCCCAACCAUACACCCAUAGUACCAUUUUCUUUUGAACAAUUAAAGAAAUUGAGUUCUGGAGAUUUAAAAAAACCUGAUGGUCAAUGGAAAUAUGGUGUAUUUGAAACUGAAAUAGUUUUUGAAAGAUGCCAGUUAAAUUCAAAAAGAAAAAUUGUAAUUUUUGAAAAUUUAACAUUGAAAAUAUUUUGUAAUGAUAUUGAAGUAUUAGUAGACAAACAAUAUUAUAAUGUUAACUCAUUAGAUGGUUGUAACCAAUUAAUAGCAAUGGUACAUGCAUUAAUUUUAUGCAAAGGCAUCAUGUCGUUGACAAAUAACACUACCAGGUAA